GGAGGCGAUGAUCACGAAUUCUUACUUCCAGACUCGCCGCUACAAUUUAGUUAUGAUGAUUUUGGUAUCGCCUAAAAUCGUAGUGUUGUGCAUUUGCCUACUCAUCUCUGUUAUACGCACCGAUUGCAAUAAGUGGAAACACUAUUAGAGAAGUUUAAUUUGACACAAUGAUGCAUCAUUGGCUUUUUUGAAAAGCUUCUGUUGGAUUCAUGAUGUUUGGAGCCAUCGAAUAGUUAUGUUUUAUUUUAUGGAUUGCCGAUUCUACUGACUUAUAGACUGUUUGAAAGUUAAUGUUUUGGAUUGUGAUUAUGGCGCUAUUGCCAUCAUUUCCGUUUGGCGCCAAUUUAUCGACAUCCGAAGCCGAACGGCACUUGGUGUCCCCUGUAUUUUGCCACCAAACGUUAUUGUUGAAGAACUUUUCCAGAAAGAACAGUUAACUCUGAAUUAGUAAUAUCUGUCAAGAUGAACCAUCAUGGAAAGAUGUUUGUGUUGAAGCGUGAUGGGCGCAAGGAAGAUGUGCAUUUUGAUAAGAUAACGUCUAGGAUAGAGAAGCUGUGUUAUGGUCUUAAUAUGGAUUAUAUUGAUCCACCGGCAGUUACAUUUCGGGUGAUUAGUGGUCUUUAUUCUGGGGUAACAACAGUCGAGUUGGAUAAUCUUGCAGCUGAGACUGCAGCUACAAUGACCACCAAGCAUGCCGAUUAUGCUAUCUUAGCUGCAAGGAUUGCUGUGUCCAAUCUACAUAAGGAGACAAAAAAAGUUUUCAGUGAUGUUAUGUCAGAUUUGUACCAUACAGUAAAUCAACACUCAAAAAAUGCUGACUCCAUGAUUAGCGAAAAGCAUUAUAAAAUUAUAAAAGAACACUCAGCAAGGUUGAAUUCUGCAAUAGUUUAUGAUCGUGACUUUGGCUACAAUUACUUUGGUUUUAAAACAUUAGAAAGAAGCUAUUUGCUGAAAAUAGAUGGCAAGGUUGCCGAAAGGCCUCAACAUAUGUUAAUGAGAGUGGCUGUUGCCAUCCAUGAAAAUGAUGUAGAUAAAGUAAUUGAAACUUACAACUUAAUGUCUGAGCGAUACUUUACUCACGCGUCACCAACGCUUUUUUCUGCGUGCACUUUGAGGCAGCAAAUGUCCAGCUGUUUCUUAUUGACGAUGGUUGAAGAUAGUCUCCCAGGUCUGUACAAAACAUUAUCGAGAUGUGCUCAGAUUAGUAAAUAUGCUGGAGGAAUUGGACUAAGUAUUCACUCCAUAAGAGCCAAAGGAGCUGACAUACAUUGUCUUCAGUCAAAACAUGACGGUGUGGUUCCAAUACUCAAACUUUUCAAUAAUGUGGCACGAUAUGUUGACCAGGGUGGAAACAAGAGACCUGGAGCAUUUGCUAUAUACGUGGAACCAUGGCAUGCUGAUAUAAUGGAAUUCUUGGAUCUUAAAAAAAAUAUUGGAAAUGAGGAAACUCGAGCUAGAGAACUUUUUUACGCCCUUUGGAUUCCUGAUCUAUUUAUGAAACGUGCUAUGGAUGGUGGCACCUGGAGUUUAAUGUGCCCUCACCAAUGUCCUGGUCUUGCUGAUGUCUGGGGAGAAGAAUUCGAAGCACUUUAUUUAAAAUACGAAAAGGAACAGCGUUAUAAGCGACAGAUUCCUGCUAGAGAUGUUUGGUUCGCCAUACUGAGGUCUCAAGUAGAAACAGGCACGCCGUAUAUGCUGUACAAAGAUCAUUGUAAUCGCAAAUCCAAUCAGCAACAUUUAGGAACAAUUAAGAGUAGUAAUCUCUGUACAGAGAUUAUACAGUAUUCAAGUCCUGAGGAAGUUGCAGUAUGUAACUUGGCAUCCAUUGCUGUCAAUAUGUUUGUAAAUACUGCAAAAAAGACAUAUGAUUUUGAAAAACUGAAGGCUGUUACAAAAAUAGUGACUCGUAAUCUCAACAAAGUCAUUGAUAGGAAUUAUUAUCCACUUCCUGAAACUAAAAAUUCAAAUAUGCGCCACAGACCUAUGGGUAUAGGAAUACAGGGCUUGGCCGAUGCAUUUCUUUUGAUGCGUUAUCCGUUUGAAAGUGAGGAAGCUCAAAAGCUUAAUAUUCAAAUUUUCGAAACUAUAUAUUAUGGAGCAUUGGAGGCUAGUUGUGAACUGGCUAAAGAAGAAGGCACAUAUCCAACUUACGAAGGUAGCCCAGUCAGUAAAGGAAUAUUGCAGUACGACAUGUGGAAUGUCACACCAACUGAUCUAUGGGAUUGGGCAGCGCUGAAAGAAAAAAUUGCAAAACAUGGUGUGCGGAAUUCUUUACUAUUGGCGCCAAUGCCGACGGCCUCGACUGCACAAAUUUUGGGCAAUAACGAAUCAAUUGAGCCUUACACGAGUAAUAUGUACGUGAGGCGCGUUUUGUCUGGAGAAUUUCAAGUUGUUAAUCCACAUUUAUUGAGGGAUCUGACAGAGAGAAACCUUUGGAAUGACGAGAUGAAAAACGAGAUCGUCGCUAAUUACGGAUCAAUUCAAAACAUUGAAAAAAUCCCAGAUGAUUUAAAAGCCUUAUAUAAAACCGUAUGGGAAAUAUCACAAAAGAUCGUUUUGAAAAUGGCUGUUGACCGUGGGGCCUUUAUUGACCAGUCCCAAUCUCUAAAUAUUCAUAUGGCUGAGCCAACAACUGAAAAACUCACCUCUAUGCACUUCUAUGGUUGGAACAUGGGAUUGAAAACAGGAAUGUACUACCUACGCACAAAACCAGCAGCGAACCCCAUUCAGUUUACUGUGGAUAAAUCGAAAUUGAAAAAGAAAACAUCUCUUACUAAUGGAAAGGUACUUGAAUCGCCCAAAGAAACCAAAACGCUAGAAGAUCAAAGAAAUGAAGUACAAGAAGAAAGUGAGGAAGACUUUGAUGCUGUCUUGGCGUGUUCAAGGGAAAAUGGUGAUGCGUGUAUGGCAUGUGGUUCCUAAAUAAAGAUAGUGUUUUAAUAAGAAUUUUUUGGUGGACUUAUCGUAAGUAAGGAUCUAUUUUUAUACAGAACAAUACACAUAACCGUAUACUAUAUCAUAUAAAACCUUCUUUUCCUAUUCGAACAAUUUGUAAUUAAUAUAUCAAGUAUUCAGUCAAACUCUGUUAUGUCUUUUGUUAGUAAUCUACAAUAUUUAAAACAUAAGUUAUAUUUGAUGUAUGAAGUUUAUGAAGAAGCGCAAAUUCGUUGUUCAUUAAACUUGACAUGCGAAACUCUGUAUAAUAUAAUUAGGAAAAACGGAUAUAACAGAAGUCUUACUAAACCAUAACACAUAAUCAAAUUAAAAAAUGAGUAUUAAUUUCAUUAUGCUCUUUUACGGCAUUUACUUAUACGAAUACAAGCAUCACGUACAAUAUAACUCAAAAGAAAAUGUAACAAAUCUUGUAAUGCAAUUAUAAUAAACUAAUCUAAUAAAUGCAGCAGGAAAAGAAUAA